AUGAGUCUUCUGGCGGGAAAAAUCAAGGCAAAUGAACAGGAGCGCAGCCGUGAUCCAAUAGAAAUCUUUGACGAGCUCGAUCGUAAGAGAGCGGAGGGCGAAUUCCGUCCAGAAUUAAUUGACACUGCUGAACAGCCUUCUAGACAAGGUAGCCGACGUCCAUCACUCGAAUCCAAUGAACCCACCCUCAAGAAGUUGGCAAAUCCAUCCAGGUCUUCAUCUUUCUCAUCUUCGCUGACUCUUUCUUCAUAUUCAUCUCACACAUCACUGACAGAUGAGCAUCCCAUAGAAGCCCCAAAGCGAAAGCUUCCAACUGUCUAUCAGAACAAUAUAACCAGACGUCUACCUCUUAUUACUAGGAUAUCAGAACGCCCAACGUCAAUUCCAAAGAGGACUCCACAGAUUUCCAUUCCAAUUCUUCGCUCACAUCGAAUUCUUCCAGGUGGAGGAAAUGCAGUCCGAAGACAACUCCCAAAUUUGGAUUCCAUAAUUGAGAAUCCACAGGCUCAAGACCACUUUUCACUAGCUCUACCCUCCACACAGAUUAAAAAAGCGCUUCCAUCAAGGGUCAUUAAAGAUCCCCACAAUGAUGGCAUUAUUCCAAACUUUUAUUCAACAGCCAGGUGCAAUGGAGGAAGAAAUUUGGGGGAUAGUCUCAUGGCGCCAAGACAUCCUCUUAUAAGGACGGAGACGGAGACCACAUAUUUAACGUCUUCAGUGGGGGAGCCCCAUCAUAUUUCCUGA